CAAAAGUUUUCAAUUUAUAUAUAUUUUUUAUGUUGAUAUUCUACAUUUCUUUAUGAAUGUCAACUACGCUAUUAUAAAAAAAAAAUGAUAUAUAUAUAUAUAAGUAACACAAAAUAAAAUAAAAAAAAAUAAUUAUUAAUUCUAGAAAAAAAAAGGUAUAUAAUAUGAAUCGAUCUCAACCUAUAAAUUUAAUUAACGGUAAGAUGUAUUGUCAAUGGGCAAUCUUUAUAAGCGAAUGUUAUGAAUCACAAUAUUUCAUAGUAACAUAUUACGUUAAUCUAGUAACUGCAACAAUUUUCACACUAUUGGCUGGAGGAAUCUUAAUUAUGAGGCUAAUAGCACAUCGAGAAUUAAAUCUUUUAUCGAAUGGAAUAAUAGCACCAUUAGAAGGGUUUUUGGGAUUUUCCAUGCUAGGCGGUAUAGCGAGAAUUGUAUGCAGCGUAACGUUCAUAAUUGAUGUUCUUCCAACAUAUUAUAUAUAUCGAGAAAUGAUAUCAGAUGCACAAUGGAUAACAGCUCAACUUUCUGUAAUAACUUAUCUAGCGGGAGUAUUUCGUACAUUACCUCGUAUGGCAUUUUUUCAACCAUCUUAUUCUGAUAAUCAGCCUUCAACAACUAAUUUGACAUUAUGCGUACCAACUUUAUAUUUAAUAAGAAUAUUAUAUUGGACAAUAUCAAUUACGUUAAUUAUAAUAGCAUCUGGGUCAGCAAUAUUAGCAGGAUAUUUUAGAAUGAAAGAUAAUAGAUUUUUAUUAAAUGUAUUUACUUCAACAAGAUUAAUUACUUACGGAAUUUCAUGUAUAAUUUUAGUAAUAGGAUAUGGUAUAUAUGGAAGAUUAUUGAUAAAUUUGACAAUGCAAAGUUUUGAUUUGGUUCAAGGACAAGGUGGGAUUGUUGAAGAAUGUCAAGAAACUCAUGUUACUGAAAUAAUUAGAGAUGAAGAUGGAAGAGAAGAAAGAAAUAUACAUAAAAUUUAUGUUUUAACAAGAGGUGGUGAAAGAAGUGAAAUUGAUUUAAGAAAUUUAAGAUUUAAAUAUCAUAUAAGAAAAAUGAAAAUAUUUAAUCAUUCUGCAUUAAUGACAUUUGCUUUUUGGUCAUUAUCAAGUUUUAUAUUAGCAUUUUGGCAUGAUCAAAUUUGGUCUACUUUAUUGUUAUCAAAAAUUCAAGCUUUUAUUGCUAAUAUAAGUACAAAUUUAAUUAUCUUGACAGUUUUGAUUGUUAUAUUAUUAAGUGAAUUGGUACAUCAUAAAGGUCAAAAUUCUCUUGAUGUAACAAAAGUUACCAAUAGUAAUCAAUUAUCAACUUUUACUCAUUCUAUUGAAGAAGCAUAA